GUUAAAAUAACUUUCUGGCUUGUAUUAAAUGUGUCAAUGACACGCUGCGCGUGUGUCAGUCAGCUGGGGUAGGUGGGGUCACAAAGAGCCAAGAUGGCUGACUUUGAGGAGCCGCUGUCAGAUGACGAGAAGGUGCGCAUAGCGGCCAACUUUGUGACUCAUGCCCCCCCAGGAGAGUUCAAUGAGGUCUUCAAUGAUGUGCGGCUUCUUCUCAACAAUGACAAUCUCCUCAGGGAGGGGGCAUCACACUCCUUUGCCCAGUACAACAUGGAUCAGUUUACUCCUGCCAAACUAGAGGGCUACGAUGAGCCGGUCCUGAUCACCGAGCAUGGUGACUUAGGCCAGGGACGUUUUCUAGACCCCCGCAACAGUUUGGCGUUCCGCUUUGACCACCUGAGAAAAGAGGUGAGCGACGUGCAGCCAUAUGAAGGAGAGACCGCCCUGAGAAGCUGGAGAGAUGCCUGUGAUACUUCCCUGAGUGCCUACGUCAAAGAGCACUAUCCAACUGGAGUCUGCACGGUAUAUGGGAAAAUGGUUGAUGGUCAGCAAACAAUCAUAGCCUGCAUUGAAGGACAUCAAUUUCAACCCAAGAACUUCUGGAAUGGUCGCUGUAGGUCAGAGUGGAAGCUUACCAUCGGUCAGUCCACUGCUCAGGUGGUGGGUGUGUUGAAAAUCCAGGUUCACUACUAUGAAGAUGGGAAUGUGCAGCUGGUUAGCCACAAGGAGGUAGAGGAGUCAAUACCAGUGACUAAUGAAAGCCAGACAACCAAGGAAUUUGUCGACAUUAUUGAGAAUGCAGAAAAUGAUUACCAGACUGCAAUCAGUGAGAACUACCAGACCAUGUCUGACACCACCUUUAAGGCCCUGCGUCGCCAGCUGCCUGUCACUCGCACUAAGAUCGACUGGAAUAAGAUCCUAAGUUACAAAAUUGGCAAAGAGAUGCAGAAUGCCUAGUGGAAGGUCAGUGAUUUACCAGAGUUUCACACUCCACUGGAGCCACAACCCGCAUAUACAUGCGCAAGGAUUAACCAAAGCAAUGCUAUAUCCGUAUGGGGCAAGGAAUUAAUAAAAUGAAACAAAAAAAGUAUAAGUGAAGAUAUGCUGACUAUAAGGCUGUAAGGAAGUUUUGAUUCUAAAGAUAAUCGGGUUUGAAGAAGGUGUUUACUUCUAGGUUUGUGUGUGGGUGUUAUGGAAGGGUUGUGUUGGGUCAGUGUGCAGGGCUGUGCUCUGGACUGCUACACAAAAUACAUAAAUCUCCCUUCUCUGGAAGUGACCUUAGACCUCCCGAGAUUCAGGUGUCAGAAGUCGCAAUAUUUUUCCAGAGUUGGACUCGUGCAGAACUGUGAUCAUGUUGCAGUGGAAAUGUCAGUACUCAAGAAUAAAGUUUUAGGAAGGCACAAGGCAUCUGAUGAGAGAAAUUAAGCACACAUCACAGAUCAGGGUUUGAUUUAGGACAGGAAAUAGGAAUUGUAUCCAAGUAUUUGUUCCAUUGUGCUUGUCAUGCAUGCUAGAAUUUGUAAAUCAGAGGAAUCAGUCAAAUCGGGACAUUGACCGGGAAAUGAAUAGCAGUCAUCAGACGUUGUAACUGGUAGCAAGCUUAAAGUAAUCCGGAACUGGCAAUUUAGUGUUAAAUGAUGCGUUGCUUAUGAAAUUGAGUGUAUUCCUACCGGUUAACACUUGGCAGUGGCGUGAUCCUCAGCAGAGCUCUGCCCCUGCACUGUGAGCCUGUGUCUGUCGGGCGAUAGGAGUGCUCACUUGUUCUCUGUUGUGUUCCACUGACGUACGCGUCUCCACCCAUGCAAGCAAUGACGACUGAAUUAAGGUAACGCAGCGUCUCUGCUGUUGCAUCUUUAUUGCAUUCUCUGUUCUGUUCACCUCCACUGUUGUACAGCUUUUCCUUUGUGAAAGGAAAACAUACUCAUAUUAACCAAGAUUGAUUUGCCAAAAUGUCUUUCCUAUGGUAAAGAACUCCAUCCUCCCAUGUAUGCAAAUUUCUAUUUUAAUAUGCUGGUUUUUGUUGAGUCUUAGAAUAUUGCACUCUUAAAUGUGACAAACUGUAUUGGUCAGUGCCGCGUGAAUGCAAAGCAGUUGCCAUGUAAGGCAAGAUACUCUAGACGUUACAUGACUUCUGUAAGGCCAUAUCAUACUGUUUGUGUUGCAUAAUGUCUAAGUAUGCUGACUCUGGAUCAGUUACUUGCUAGCUCUACAAUGUGCUGUGUUCAACCCUCACACUAUACGACAACUGUGUGCCGAUCAAUUAUAAAGUUUAAGACUGUACUGCCCCAUUCUGUAUUCAAAUAAAUGGAUUCAACAUC